AAAAGGUCUAUGCCGACGUCUUUGCGAGGAACGUAGAUAAUCCCUGCUUAUGAUCAGUCUAUGAAUCUCCAUAUGAGACAACUAGAUCAGAUAAGUUGAUGAUAAUUAAUUAUAAUGAACAUUGGAAUAUUCUGUCGGAAUUUUUGUCAAAUUUAUUCUUAGCAGAAUGGAAGAGUUAAAAGAUUUUUACCAUUGAUUGGUAUCCUGGCUAUAACAACUGCACUAGCCUCAGCGGGGGUGAUUACUGGGACAAUUGUAAGCUCAGUCACACAAGACGGAUUUGAAGAUACAAACAACAAAACGGUAUUCCAAAACACUACACAGCCCACGACUGGUGAGGAAACAACAAAUAUUCAAGAUAAGGCAAGUUUAGAAGUUAGAUCCACGUUGUCGGAAACUACAAUGUCUGAAAUCGACUAUCAAACUACUGCUGACCAAGUUACCAUAACAGCUCCACCGCCCCCAUGUGAUAAAGUAGAAGUCGAUGAAAAUUCACGAGUAGACGUCAUGGUAGCAAUACCAACGAUGGUAGCAGUUUCUGCCUGUAUAUGGAUGAAAACAGACGAAGUAUCCGGGGGUACAGCAAUUUCUUAUAAUAUUCAAGGAGGCGACAAUGAAUUUUUACUUGACGUACCACAAUCUUUAACACUUUCCGUAAGAGGUUUAAUUAGUGGUCCUACUGGUGUCAGUGUCAAUGAUGGUAUAUGGCACCACGUGUGUGUUGUAUGGAAUUCCGUCGAUGGAAUGUGGCGCAUGUAUGACAAUGGUGUGGCGGUUGCUGAUGGUAUCAAUUUCAGAACAGGUUUAACCAUAAGAUCCGGUGGUGUUAUGAUACUGGGUCAGGAACAGGACACUGUAGGAGGUGGAUUUAAUCCAGCACAAGCAUGGAAGGGAGAACUGGCGUAUUUUAAUAUGUGGGACAGGGUAUUAGAUGAUGCUGAGAUUCUACAUUCUGCUCAAGACUGCUAUUGCCAGAUUGAAGGGAAUGUAUUUUCAUGGAAGUCUGAUAGUCUUGAUGUCACCGGGAGUGCAACAUUGUCUCCAGCAGAUAUAUGUACUAUAGCUGACUUUGUUGGUAUUACGGUUAAAUAUUUUCCUGAGAUUAUUACCAGUCGGGAUUCUGAAGCAUUUGUCAAUUGA